AUGAUUCCCGCUUGCCAACGCAUACAUUCCUCGGCCCUGAAGACACUAAACUACCACAAUAUUGGCCUCCCCCAUCCCCACCACCUUCAUAUUCUCCUCAUUCCGUACAAGGCUGUCGAAAGCGACUCUGACAUCAGUCUCUCGGACGUCGUAUACUCUGGGAACUGUCGCAUCUUUAUCAAGAUCGUGGUUUGUCUGACAACGCAUCAAGUACGACAUUUAGUCGAGGGCACCCUGGCUUGCUGCAUCCGAGCCCAACCACGUUACACUUUGAGGAGUCUGCAGACUUACACGUUCGACUGGUCGAAUCACAGGUUACAAGAGGCGACCGCUGCGGUAACUAUCUAUCAGCGCGACCGUCAUAACCUGAGGGUCAUCCUCUCGUAUCCUAUCACCCUUCCCCAACCUCAACAUUCUUAUCCCACUGCAACAUCUUCCUGCCAAUCAUUUGCCUUGACCGCUACUGUUAAUUCUGGUUGGCUGGUUCCUGGCAUCUAA